CGCUGUUACCCAGGUGCUUUGCGGGCUUUUCUUGCUUUUCUUGCUUUUUCUGACGGCGCCCACUAGCUGCAUCAGAUAACGUUGUUUACUUUCUCUGACGGAGCUGUUGAUGAUCAUACCUUGUGUGUUGAUGCUGGGCUGGUGCUGAUACCUUGGGGGUUGUUGAUCGGACAGUAAGCUGAUGCUGUCUUGGCCACGCUGUGCUGUGCUGCUGUGUUCACAUUCUAGGACAUUUGGAGGCAUAUUUAUACAACAAGAACAUAUAUUACAAAAUCAGAGUGCCUUCACUAUAGCUAUAUUCAAAUCAUUUGGUAUUCGUAGUAAGCACCCUAACCGCGCUGUCUGCAAGCAAUCGCAAGCCCGCCGAGCUGCCGAACCCUAUCCGAUUACAUGUCGUCUGCGUGAAAAGUGCAGCAAUCGCAGCAGACCUGACAAAGAUGCGAGAGUCGGCUGGAUAACGAUCAGCUGGCGAGGAUGUGUAGGCAAAGGCAAGACUGCGACAGUAAACAGUACCCCAUUGGUUAUUCCGAGAUAGUGGUUAUGAUCUUCUUACAAGUAACAACCGGAUAACACAACUUCAAUGCUUUACCCGAGCAUGAAGCGAACGCGCUGAUAAUGAUUGAAUUACCGAUAAGACGA